UAUCUCACAAGUCACAACAGUGAAGAAUCGCUAGAGUAAAGCACUGGAUCGUCACACUCCUUAUAAUGUCGUGCGCUAGUCUCGUAUUGCUCGUUGCGAUCGCGGUGCUCUUCAGCAAGCCCACCUCGCAAAAUCCUCUGCAAUGCGCGGAAAAUCAAGAAUGGAUCGCAUGUGGAACAGCAUGUGUGCGGACCUGUGCCACGGAUUCUGCACCUUGCACAAUGCAAUGCGGCUGCCAGUGCAAGCAGGAAUAUGUGUUGAACAGCAGCGGAGAAUGUGUUGCUCCAGAAAAUUGCUAAAAUCCAAACUGAGAUACGUACCUGAACUGAAGUGAUGUUCGGAAUUCCGGGGUCGACUUGGAAAAAUUCGGAUCGAAAGUUAUGCCUAAAUAUAGAUUAGUUGCUAUCAGACGUAGUUGAUAUAUGUUUAUAAACUCGAUUAUUUAACUCGAUUAUUGAAUAGAUGAGAAAUUAAAGUUACCGAGAUGUGUGUUUCUUCGUCUUAUUCUACUAUUAUAUGAGAUGAUCACAUUUAAUGUUCCUUUGUACAUCAAAGUGGUUAAAAAUAAAGACUGACAUAGAUGAUA